AUGGCCCCAUCGAUCGCCAUGUCAGCUUUGACCGCUGCUUUGAAAACCGAAGAUCUCCCCUCCCGCUCGGUCCUCGUCAGCAGAGGCGAGAAGCAGACGAGCCUGAGCCCAGCGGAGGAGACUGGAAAGCCCAAAGUGGCUAUUCUGCCAUUCAGUGUGGAGGCACUGAUGGCAGAUAGGAAACCGAGCAGAGAGGUGCAUUCCCCGGAUGCCCCGUCGGUCGCCGGGACGUCCCAAGUGCUUGGAAAGGGCGUACGGAUGGGCUCUUUCGGUAGUCUGGAUACUUCCGUUCCUGCUAUGCCCAUGAGCUCUUCGUUUUCAGUAGGCGAGCUUAUGAACAUGCCAGAAGACGUGUUGAUUAAACCUGAGAGCCCGGAUAGUCAAGAGAGGACUUCAUGGAUACAAAGCCCUCGAUUUUCUCCCACACCUCCACGACGGUUGAGUCCUCCUGCUUGUCCACUGCGAAAACACAAGACGAACAGAAAACCCCGGACCCCCUUCACGACGUCCCAGUUACUGGCCUUGGAGAGAAAGUUCCGUCAGAAACAGUACCUUUCCAUCGCCGAGCGCGCAGAGUUCUCCAGUUCCCUCAACUUGACGGAGACCCAGGUGAAAAUCUGGUUUCAAAACAGGAGAGCCAAAGCCAAGCGACUGCAGGAGGCAGAACUUGAAAAACUGAAAAUGGCAGCUAAGCCUAUGCUGCCUCCAGCUUUCGGGAUUUCCUUUCCUCUCGGUGCUCACGUCCCCGCAUCCUAUGCUGGCUCGCACCCGUUCCAGAGGCACUCGCUGCCGGUUUCCCCAGUGGGACUGUACGCCGCCCACGUCGGAUACAGUAUGUACCACCUGGCUUGA